CUCCUCCCACUCCCGCUUCCCUGCUCACACUUUCCUCUUUCUGGGAUGGAAGUUCUGUCCGGGAGGAACCAGGCACGGGUCCCCCGAUGCCACCUUCCUUAACAGGAGAGAUCGUGCCAGGACUUCAGAUGUGUCUAACAGUUCUCCUGAAUCUUCACCAUGAUAGCGAGCUUUCUAGCGCCGCCAGGCUGUUUGCAACACUGUCCACAAUAGAAAAGAUACACAAUCAAUCUAAUGUCCAUUGAUGGAUGAAAUGGAAUAUUGUUCAGCUGGAAAAACUGCAAUUCUAUUAUUUGCAGCAACACGGAUGGACUUGGAAGACAUCAUGUUAAAUGAGAACUCAUGCACAGAGAAACAAACAGUGCGCGACUUGCUUUAUAUGUGGAUGCUGACGUUAACUACACAGCUCCAGGAUCCUGGCUUAAGAACCCAGAUAGCCGACAAGCCUAGCCUAGUGGGCCCUGGGGCUCUGCCUGAGGAUUUCUGCUAGCAGUGAGUGACGCCUCAUAGAAAGACCAGGACUCUGUAGACUUCGAUGGAAACAAACAGCAGAGGACACUGCUUUGGUGGAGCUGGUGAGACCCAUUCAAGAUGAUUUCCCCAGUGCUCAUCUUGUUCUCGACUUUCCUCUGCCACGUUGCUCUUGCAGGACGGACCUGUCCCCAGCCAGAUGACUUACCAUUUGCUGUGGUUGUUCCGUUAAAAACAUUCUAUGAACCAGGGGAGCAGAUUGUCUACUCCUGCAAGCCAGGCUAUGUGUCCCGGGGAGGGAUGAGACGGUUUACUUGUCCUCUAACGGGAAUGUGGCCCAUCAACACCCUGAAAUGUAUACCCAGAGUAUGUCCUUUUGCUGGAAUCUUAGAAAAUGGAGUUGUACGCUAUACAACUUUUGAAUAUCCCAACACCAUCAGCUUCACUUGUAACACUGGGUUUUUUCUGAAUGGAACUAGCUCUGCUAAGUGCACUGAGGAAGGAAGAUGGAGCCCAGAGCUUCCUGUCUGUGCCCCGGUCACCUGCCCACCACCACCAGUUCCUAAGUUUGCAACCCUUAAGUUUCACAAGCCAUCAUCUGGGAACACCUCGCUCUAUCAGGACACAGCAGUCUUUGAGUGCUUGCCACACUAUGCCAUGUUUGGAAAUGACACAGUUACGUGCACAGCCCAUGGAAACUGGACUGAAUUGCCAGAAUGCAGGGAAGUAAAAUGCCCCUUCCCGUCGAGGCCAGACAAUGGGUUCGUGAAUUAUCCUGCAAAACCAGUGCUUCUUUAUAAGGAUAAAGCCACUUUUGGUUGCCAUGAAACAUACAACCUGGACGGCCCAGAAGAAGUGGAGUGCACCAAGAUGGGAAACUGGUCCUCCCUGCCGAGCUGUAAAGCAUCUUGCAAAAUAUCCAUUAAGAAAGCCACAGUGCUGUACCUAGGAGAAAGAGUGAAGAUCCAGGAGCAGUUUAAGAACGGAAUGAAACACGGCGACAAGGUUUCUUUCUUCUGCAAAAACAAAGAGAAGAAGUGUAGCUACACAGAGGAGGCUCAGUGCAUUGACGGAACCCUGGACGUCCCCAAAUGUUUCAAGGAGCACAGUUCUCUGGCUUUCUGGAAGACAGAUGCUUGGGACGUGAAACCGUGCUGAAGUCAUUUUCAGAAUCAAAAUUGGAUGUCAUAUUUGUAUCCCUGCUUGUCCUCAGAAUCCAACUGAAAUAGCAAAAUAAAGUUGCUGGCUGCCUCACUCA